GGGAGUUAACAAACGCACUGGUACGAUAGUGCAGCCACAUUUCCUAAUCAGCCGUCGAAGGGACUGGUGCUCUAGUGUUUGGGAAGCUGCGAUUGAAAAUAGGAGCUAAAGUGAUUUUGUUCAACAACAAAACAAAGCUGUGCUUCUAACCUGAGGUAGCUUUGCAAGCAGUGAACAUGUGUCUACUGUUUUUGAUACUGCUGAUGGUUGUGUACUAUUCGGUGUCCGGUAAUUUGGAGGAUUUGCCCACGGUGCCGCAAACCAUGACCGUGCGAAAGCGUGCGAAACCAAACCAAGACAAAAAAUCGUAAGCCUUUCAAGAAGCUUUGAUUGUGUUGGUGUGUUGUUUUUUUUAAUUUCCUUUUCGCUUUCAGUGUGAUGUUUAACAGACGUUUUAACGUCAGUGAUCGCAAGUUUUUGUGUGUUUCGGUGCGUUCAUCUGGCUCUUUUAUUUAAGUGUUGUUGCUGUUAUAUGCUUAAUAUUCAUCGAUGAUAUUCUCAGAUUACGAUAGUGGAAGGUAGAGCAUGUCUUUAGUUAUAUGAUAGUUUUUAUGAACUUUCUAUUAGGUAGAUACGUUUUACAGGAUAGUUUGGGAUGUUCGGAACAUCGAUGCAUAGCUUCGCUAUUUAUGUUAAUGCCAUCGUGAAUAAAACAUCUUCCCAACACCGUAAAAACCAACAAGCCAAACAUCAAGACUAUAUCAGAUCAAACCCCGUAUCUACUAUCUGCAAUCAAAUAAAUAGAUCUUAGCGGGUUUGAUGCAGAGGAAAGCACUAUAGACCCCCAGACAAUCAUUUGUUUUUUUUUCUUCUCUAGCUCAUAAGCGCAUUUAAAAUGCCCAGCAGUCGGAGUGGCUUCUCGCCCCUUUCUGGGAAGGAUUCAUGCCUUCUCUGGCCGUUUUUUGGCACUAAAGUUGUCAAGAACAUUGGCUUCAUUAUGAGGUUUCCCUUUUAAAACUUUAAGUGCGUUGUCUAUAACCGAUUUGAGCACAUUUGAACCUCUACGGUCCCGUUGGUUAGGACCUUUGCGGGAAAAACUUCUCUGUGGGCUACAAACUGUUCCAAAAUCACGUCCUAAUCGCUCACAUAUACUCAGUCGGCAACGUUGGAGCGUGCCUUAGUGGCCACAAACAAAGAAAACUGAACGUUCAAACUAUACCGUUGUUUUUCAAGCAGUACAAAACAUAAAAACCCAAUCAAAUCGAGGCAAACAACCUCAAGACCUAUAAAGAGAAAAUAAGUCUAAUGCAUCUUGCUCCAAGACGAAGGGCAAGAUUAAGGAUGUUGUUAUUUUUUGUUGUUGCUUUCCUAAUAUGUUUGCUUGCAUAAUAGGCAACACAGAGUGAGAGAGAGAGAGUGAGAGAGAGACUGGCUCAAGGUCAGGCUCAAGUGUUUGCUUUCGAAGCUAACUGGUAGAACUUCACGGAUUAACGAUGCCUUCGGGGGAGUUGGAACCGAUUUCUAGCUAUUGCACAGGGCAGGAACGCUUGUAUGCAGGACAUUGCAAUGUUCUGCCUAGGAAGUUCUCUUUUUGUCACUCUCUCUUAUUCUAUUAUGAUGGUAAUUCUGAUUGACAGUGAAUUUUUGACUGUAGCCGUUCGAUCCUAAAGCGAAUUCAAAUCAAACAUCCAUGUCGUCUAGUUAACUUAAUUAAGUUGGUUUGUGAAUUUGGCUCGAGAUGGCUGUUUGACGUCUAUGUACCAUGUGUGAAAUUAAGUUUUUUUUGUGAUGGUACUUCGGUACAAGAAUGCAUUGGAAAAUAGAUACAAAGCUAAAUCAAUUCACAUUCGUCCCCCACGUUCUACAGUCGUUUUUAAGCGCCCUUGUAAUGAAGGACACCACUGUAUCGCCGCCUGCAUCGGUCAGCAAUACACACUUCCACCAGCACCACCAUCCAUAGCCACCCUCCAGCGUACGGCUCUGGAUGGAGCAGAUGAUGAAACACUUUACCAGUCGUUGCUUGGGUUGCUUCACCUGGCAGGAGCGGCCGGACCCCGGCUCGGCCCCGAACGAGCCCGUUUAUAUUCCGCUGCUCGCCCCGCUACCGCUACACACCCUGCAGCGCGUCCAGCUGCCGGCCGGACUCCCGGACGACGGCCGGUCCGCCAGCGAUCGGAAACGCUGGUGGACGUUCAGCCAGUUUGUUACGCACGAGCAAAACUAUCUGGACGCGCUGCACAAACUGCAAUACGAACUGUACAACCCGCUGCUGGUGGACGAUGCCAUCGUCGAUCGGAACGUUUCGUACGCCAUCUUCGCCGUCCAUCGGCAGAUCUGCCGGCUGCACCAGUUUCUGCAGCCGCUGUUGGAGCGAUGCGUGCACGGGUGGGACGAGCGGAAUCGCUCGAUUGGCUGGCUGGUGUGGGCAAUCGUUGGCCAGCCGGCCCUGCUGCCCCUUUAUCGAUCCUUCGCCAGCGGCUACCCGGACGCGGUCGGACGCUUCACGCAAGAAAUGACGCGCAACUUUCUUUUCUCCUGGUUUGUCACCGGCCGGCUGCGCGGGCUGGGCGAGCGGCUCAGCUUCAGCGACUACUUCAUCGCGCCGGUGCAGCGUCUGCCCCAGCUCGUGCUGGAACUGCGCGAGCUGAGCGAGGCCACGCCUGCGUCCGACCCGGACCGGGCGGUUCUGGAGCGGUGCGUCCAGCGGGCGGUCUACCUUGCCGAGCAGCUGAACGUGGCGCGCGAACGUGCCGACCUGAUCCAGCGGGUGGUCGGUGGCGAUGGACGCAGGUGCCAGUUCCUGCACAGCGAGCUGCUGGUGGAGACUGGCGUCGAUGGCCGGCCUUCCGGCCCCCGGUGGCGGCUGGUCGUGCUGCUCAGCGACCGGUUGGUGGGUGUCGAUCCGGCACAAGGCGAUUUGGAGUGGGCAAUACCGCUGCAGGAGCUGCAGGUGGCCAGUCGACCGACGGACGGGUCCGUUUGCUCGCACGACACAUUCGGGUAUGUACGCGACUUUCAAACCGUAACGCAGAUGCGGGAGCUGGUGUGCACCUUCCACCAUCAGCAGCCGACGCUCGGCGAGGGAGUUUUCGCCGAGAUCCUAGAUACAAUCUGGUCCAUCGUGCUGCCGGCCAAGCAAACGGAACGGGAAGCAACCUUACUGCAAGUGCGAGGAGCGUCCGGCGAGCGGCACUACCUGAAGACGGGCGAUGCUGCCAGGAAACAGGAAUGGCUCGACUGGUUACGGCUGGCCAGGCUGGCUCUUCAUCCCACCAACGCCACUGCUUGGUGGGCCGGCGCCGCACACCUCCCGCAGGAGGCACCGCUCGAGCGACCCCUUCUUGUGCGCACGUUCCGGGCCGGCGACGGUCGCGGUGUCUGGAGCGUGAGUGGCACAAGACAAGCACACUGCACAACCACAAACACCCACCUCCCCACCUUUCCCUGGUAUCCGCAGGUAUCGGGCGGCUGCUGUUACGUGCCGCGCACCGACUCGCCCGCCUACACGAACGAGCUGUACCGCGCGUGGUCCACCGGGAAGCACAUCCUGUGGAUCGGCAGCAGCCGAGCGGCUGACGGGGACGGAGAUGGAAGCGGCAGCAGCCGCAUCUCGCUGUACACGCACGACCGCACGACGCACGCGGUGGACGAGCGGGCGUGCUUCACGCUGGCGCACGCGCAGGUGACCUGCCUCGAGCACGUGCCCGCCGGCUCGGUGGGCGAAGUGCCGCCCGAUACGGUGUGGAUUGGCACGCGCCGCAAGCUGCUCAUCUACUCGGCCACGCUGCCGCUGGUGGGCGCCCGGUUGGGUCAGCUGCGCGUCAAGGGCACGCCCAACCGGCUGCUGUACAGUGCGCGCCGCCUGCUGCUCGGUACCGGCACCGGGCGGCUCCUGAUCUUCUCCAUCCGGCCGGACGGCGUGUGGGACCUGCGCACACCGCAACAGCUAUGUCUGCACGGUGGCUCGGUCGAGGCGAUGGUUCCACAUCGAUCGCUCGUCUAUCUGGCGGCCGGUACGCGGCUGCACGUGUUCGACAGCGUCGCUGGGCUGGUGGUGCAAACGAACCGCUCGCCCGCAACGACUCCAGCCGAUCGGCAAGCGAUCGUGCUAAUCCGGUGCACCAUCCACGGCCUGUGGAUUGUGCGGCAUCGGUCGAGCGCGAUCUCGCUGUACCAUGCGCGCUGCUUCAAGCACCUACUGGACGUGGACGUGCGGGAGCUUGCCGGGCCGAUUCUUGCCAACGUCCAGCUGUCGGUCACAUCGCUCGCGAUUGCGGACGAUAGGCUGCUGUGGGUGGGCACGAAUGCCGGUGUCGUGCUGUCGAUGCAGCUGCCCGCCCAUGCCAGCGUGCCCAUCAGACCCGACCUGCACGGAGUCGCCUGCCAUGGACAUCUGCGCGAUGUGAGCCUGAUCCUGCCGAUGCCCUCGCUACGGAUGCGGUCAGCCGAAGCGGUUGACACAGUCCUGGAUCCCGCACUGAUAGACCUUCUGUAUGGAGGCACCAGAAACGGCGCUCGCGACUUCGUUGUGCGCAUGGUGGGCGUUCAGGUCGACCAGAUUGGCUACGUCGACACAGACAGCGAAGGGAGUCGUUGCGAUCAAACCCCAGCCUCGGAGGAAGAGGAGGAGUCGUGCGAACGGGAAGAGCACGAAGCGACCUGGGCUCCCAACUCCACGCUGAUCGUUACUGGCGGGCAAGGUUACGGACGAUGGUACCCCAAGACGACGGAUACGUCAGGCCUCGGCGAGUCUACUGACUGGACGAAAGAACCAAUCGAUGAGCAGGAAAACCUAAUUCUGUGGGAGAUGCGGCUGACUUAACGGGCGCGUUCAAUGUUGAGUGCAUGCUCGCUGUUGCUUGUUGUCACUGUAGGCUUUAAUCCUUUUCACUGACUGACUCUUUGAACUCAUCCAACUCCAUAGAUGUGAUUAGACACAACUGCUACUAACAAAGCCUCUCUUCCAUUUACUUAUCCCCAACUGCUGAAUGUCUAGUGAUGGGAACAGACGAAGAUUUCUGGAAUCAGCGUCUGGAAUCGGAGUCGAUUUCGGCAUCUCCAUGAGUGUAGGCGUUUGGGUCCUAUGCUUUGCUCGUAAACGAUCCAUACUGAUGAAGAUUCCGAGACUGAUAUUACUUCUGAAACAUCUGAAUUCAAUUUCAGAACUGAUUCUGAUUUCUGAGGCUAUUCUGUAUUUGAUUCCUGAGUCAAUUCUGAUGCCAGAAUCGGAGUCGGCUCCGGAAUCAGCUUCAAAAUCAGCCUCGGAAUAGGCUCCGAAAUUGGAAUCGACUCCAGAAUUGGAAUCGGCUCGGGAAUUGAUUCCGUACGCGGAAUCCGAUUGUGAUCUCCCACCAUUAGCCUUAAUGAGUAGUUGCAAGAUCUCCAAUGAAUGGCUAGGUAGUAGUAAAUACAUGUUUAACAUAGAGCAUAUAUAAUUCAGAAUGCUUAAUAUGAUGCACUACUUGUAGGACAAAACUUAACGAUAUAAACUUCAGUUACUUGGGAUAUCCCACUAAGUGUCUACCAGUAGAAGUCAUUCAACGUCUCCAUUGUACCAUUGUACCUAACAACCAGAUGUAACACACUACUAAUGUCAACGCAAAGCCAUUUCCAUACUCGGCUGUUAAAGAUUGAUGUGAUUAAUAAAACCCUCCAUGUAGUGUUAGCGGAUCUAACACCUGUUUGUAGCGUUGAUAACACUACCACCAUCUAACCAUCAGAUAAGCGACGAACCCCGAGUGGAUUUAAAUAAUGUCUUUGGCAAGUUUUCUUCUUUGCAGAACCCGAGGACGCACAUGAAGAAUUUGGCGAUUGAAAUCAUCCCCCCCCCUCUCAGUUGGAAGUCUUUCAUCUCCAACAGUUCCUUUGUGUGUCUGUGUGUGUGUGAUUGCGUCUGUGUGGCUGUGUGUGUGCUCUUGUUUUUUUGAAGAUGCUUUCCCCGGGGGGCGUGUAAACUGCGAAAGCAAAUAGUUUUUUUUUUUUUACCAGAGUUCACCGUAAUCACUUGUUCCCUUUUCCAUCU